AUGUCGUCACGUGACUGCCCUAGACAUUCACUGUAUGAGAAAGGCACUCCACACGCAAAAGUGCAGCAACGAUCACGGCGCGAGCAUUUCUCUCGCCAUUCCAUUCGCUCGGCCCCUGUGCAAACUAUGCUUCGCCUUCGGCCGUCCGAGAUCACCCUGACGCCCGAGGAUGUUGAGGAGGCCUUCCGCCGCAUUGCCAGCAGACGUAGUCUUAAGAACGCGAGACAUGUUUCACCACAGCAAGGACGUCCAGUUCUCCGUCGUGGACCGCAGCGAGCAGUUCAAGACACCAUCACCACCCUUGGAGACAUUCCUAUACUGAGACCGAGACCGCAGCGAGCUACCGAUUCGUCUUUUGAUGACCAGACUGCGGAACAUUCUGAGCGGACAACUCCAAGCCCCAGGGCGCGGGCUGAUAGUGUGCGAGGCCCUUUGUCCCCUUCUGAGCUUGAGCUUGAGCUUGAGGAAAGGACGCCAGCACCUAUCGAAUCGCCUGCUCCGUCCUCCCUCCGGAUCUUGCAGCUACCAUUCAGGCUUGGAAGGGGCCACAAAAAUAGUCCAACUCAAUCAUCCACAGCCGAGCACCGCACGCAUGGAGACAUCAGCUCUCCUUCUCACGCUGCAUCUCAAUCAGCCGUGACUCCCACCAACUCUGUCAACUCUGCUGAACCUGAUCAACGUACCUCACCCACUCGUCCAGUCUCUACGACAAGCCAAGCGGAAUUGCGUGGAGGGGGUCAGACGCCUCCACCAUUCCCAUCCGACGAUAACGACAGAGAGUCUCCGCACCACACUUCAGAUCCGGAAAGUACUUCUGACCCCGAAAACCCAACACUUCACCUCAAGAGCCACCUCAAAAAGAGGAGAAGAGGCGAAGAUGGACCAAGUUUUGGUAUCCAUUCAGACCGCUCGCUAGCCCCGCAGACGGAGCCGCGUCGCCCCAGCGAACGUAUGCCGACUCACAUGCGUAGCUUUUCGUCAGGCACCGCCCCGACAUAUGGACUUCCUGGGCAAAUACAGACUCAAUGGGCCGCUGCUUUCGACGCAGUCGCUUCAUUUGACACAACGCCCCCUCAGGAUGAUGUAUUCGGUUCACCAAUAGACCCUCGUAUAGGAUCGCACUUUGCGUUCCCUCCUCAAGACUCUGGCGACCAUCAAAAUGAUCCACUGGUCACAGGGUCGAGACAGAUCAACAGUGAAGCAUCGACCGCCAGUGGAGCCUAUUCGUUCUACGAACUGCCCCCUAUCUCUCGCGACGGAAGUGGCAAUCAAUCAGGGAGUCAUGAAUCUACAAUCCCUCCCAAUGAUGGAUCAGCGGCAUCUCCACAGGUCAGUCAUGGCGCAUACUAUUAUGUACGCGCUUCACACGUGAAAUGGUCUAACUCGGCGGAGCAGUUGCCAAGACAUGCGCUCGUUGCCGGCCAGCACAGCGUAUCUCCGCUACCUUCGUUGCCCUAUUACCGCCAAAACACUCAUUCUACAUCGCCCGCACCAUCUGAACGGAACGUUACUGCGUCGACCCGCUCCACGUCACAAGAAUCUGUAGGCCAACCGCCAAUUGUAUGGUAUACUCGACUACCAGAUCAGAGACCUAUAUGGUGGGGUCGCCAACCCAUCCCAUCUGGUUAUCAAGCUGCGCCUCCGGGUAGUGGCUUUAUAAAUCUUCCUCUUCGUGGAUACAUAGGAGACUUAGACGCAGCCACUGCUGCGAUACAGGGCCGUCCUUCACCCCUUGGUCCUUACUCCGAAUAUUAUCAACAUCAUCUUGGACAACAGACCGCGCAGCCGCCAAUGGUUGCACAACAAGUCGCUCCAUAUCCCAUUGACCAAUAUAGCGCAGGGCUUCGACACAGUGCUACAGAUACCGCACACGGUUCGACUAAUCAUUCACAAUAUCCUUCUGUCCUGAAUCAAGACGGUGCCCCUAUUGGACGCAAUGCACACACUGCCAGGGCCAACCAACGCUCCAGCGAGAGUGCAUCUGUCCGAUCACCUGUCCAGAGCAGCAUUCCUAGCCACAACAGUCAGGUCCAGCGACACCGAGAGGCGUUUGAGGCAAUGCACAACUGGAACCCCAGCGACAGCCUUCAGCCAGGCCCGUCUCGGCUCAGCUUGGCUCAGCCAACAGUUCCUCGUAAUAACUCUCGUGAAUCUCUAGCACCCGGUUGGAAUCGACAUACCACACUGAAUGUGCCGUGGAAUCGUCGUACACCGCAAUCGUCAAGCAGUCCAGUCGCUCCACCCAAUCGAAGUCCGAGCGCGCCACUCGAUCCUGCUUUGCCAGCUUACAGACCAAGUGCAUCGCCAGACCUCCCCCCUACGAUCCCUUCUCGCAAUGGGCCCAAUAUGCGCGGCGGAGCAGCCCCGGAUCGCACUCAGACUCGUGCUCGCCGUCGAGUCACACCAGCACGUUCUCCGAACCACCUCCGUCCGCCUCGCGCUUCUCUUCCUCUCCAUUACGCAGUGAGUCUUCGAUCUCCACUUCUCCACGGUGCAAAUCCACCUCGCCCAGUCCGUCGAGUACCGCCGCAGCAGCGCGAUCAGGAGAACUCGGGUGCGGGAGAAGAGCAGUUGAUGAGGCAGGAAGCUGCGGCUAUGCAUGCGCGGUAUGGAGAGGAUGUACAGAGGGAUGUCAUGGAUGAGACGCCGCCACGCGUGGGAAGGGUUGAGAGAAGGAUGUUUAGCUAA